AUCCUGGAACUGCAGGAGAAAGGGGACCUGGACAUCCUGAAGCAGAAGUGGUGGCCCAGGAAGGGUCGCUGUGACCUGGACAGCCACUCGGAGGCCCAGCCAGAGGGCAGGUCCCUGAGGCUCCAAAGCUUCGCUGGGGUCUUCUGCAUCCUGGCAGCAGGGCUGAUGCUGGCCUGCCUGGUGGCCGCCCUGGAGACCUGGUGGAACAGCAACCGCUGCCGGCGUGAGCAGCCCAAAGAGGUGACCGAGAACGCAGCCCCGAUCCAGGGCCUGGUCGCACCGCAGCCCCUCCCCAGGCCCCGGCCAAGACCCAGACCCCCGGGCCCCCCGGUCUUGCCCAGAGAUGCCACUGCCACACUCUACUUUAUGGAUCCAGGCGCAGACGCCAGCCCUGAUUUAGUAGAGCUGCAGUACACCCAGUUAUAGGUGUGCCCUGACGAUAGUCCAAAUUGAUGUGAUUGUUCAAUUUUGUUUUUGAGUGGGAGAGAAGUUGGGUUGGGUGGUUUGUUUAAAGCUCUUUUUCUCUCUAGUUUUUUUUUUGUAUUUCAAAAGAGCCUUUGAAAGAUUAUUCAGAUGCUAAAACAUGCAAUUAAUUGCUUGUUUUUGCUUGUUUCUUCUGAAAAGUGAGUCAUUAUCAUGGAUGGCAAUAAUGAUAACUGCAAAAAUAUGAAUAAUGACUACAAUUUUGUUGGUCCAUUCAUUCAACAACAUUUCACUUCUGGGUAGAUAUUUGCUGCCUCAGUCAGCGCAAACGCUUUCUUUAGCUCAUCCAUUCAAGUCUUACUGCUUCCAAACAGCUUAAUCACAACUUCAUCCUGAUAGAGACUGAGCUGCCCCUGGUUGUGUCCAGACAUAGAAGGCUUGACAUGGAUCCCUAAACUAAAGUGUGAGCAAACAAGACGCUAGCAUUGACCUGUCUGUUUGAUUGGACAAAUAAGACCCACAGAAAAUAAAGGACUUAAUGUAAAGCUGUUGUCAUGAUGGCUAUAUAUGAUUAAUGGAGCAUUAGAUUAUAGUGAUGAUUUAUUAAACAUUACCCAUUUAAUGUCCUGUAGUGUAAAUACUCUAUCAUAAAUGUGUCUUUGGAUGUCAUAACCUAUCACGUUCUUCAAUGACAGGUGUUAUUCCACAAUAUAAUAUACAGUAUCUCACAAAAGUGAGUACACCCCUCACAUUUUUGUAAAUAUUUGAGUAUAUCUUUACAUGAAGAAAUGACACUUUGCUACCAUGUAGAGUAGUGAAUGUACAGCUUGUAUAACAGUGUAAAUUUGCUGUCCCCUCAAUAUAACUCAACACACAGCCAUUAAUGUCUAAACCGCUGGCAACAAAAGUGAGUACACACCUAAGUGAAAAUGUCCAAAUUGGGCCCAAUUAGCCAUUUUCACUCCCCGGUGUCAUGUGACUCGUUAGUGUUACAAGGUCUCAGGUGUGAAUGGGGAGCAGGUGUGUUAAAUUUGGUGUCAUCGCUCUCACACUCCCUCAUACUGGUCACUGGAAGUUCAACAUGGCACCUCAUGGCAAAGAACUCUCUGAGGAUCUGAAAAAAAGAAUUGUUGCUCUACAUAAAGAUGGCCUGGGCUAUAAGAAGAUUGCCAAGACCCUGAAACUGAGCUGCAGCGCGGUGGCCAAGACCAUACAACGGUUUAACAGGACAGGUUCCACUCAGAACAGGCCUCUCCUUGGUCGACCAAAAAAGUUGAGUGAACGUGCUCAACGUCAUAUCCAGAGGUUGUCUUUGAGAAAUAGACGUAUGAGUGCUGCCAGCAUUGCUGCAGCGGUUGAAGGGGUGGGGGGUCAGCCUGUCAGUGCUCAGACCAUACGCCGCACAUUGCAUCAAAUUGGUCUGCAUGGCUGUCGUCCCAGAAGGAAGCCUCUUCUAAAGAUGAUGCACAAGAAAGCCCGCAAACAGUUUGCUGAAGACAAGCAGACUAAGGACAUGGAUUACUGGAACCAUGUCCUGUGGUCUGAUGAGACCAAGAUAAACUUAUUUGGUUCAGAUGGUGUCAAGCAUGUGUGGCGGCAACCAGGUGAGGAGUACAAAGACAAGUGUGUCUUGCCUACAGUCAAACAUGGUGGUGGGAGUGUCAUGGUCUGGGGCUGCAUGAGUGCUGCCGGCACUGGGGAGCUACAGUUCAUUGAGGGAACCAUGAAUGCCAACAUGAACUGUGACAUACUGAAGCAGAGCAUGAUCCCCUCCCUUCGGAGACUGGGCCGCAGGGCAGUAUUCCAACAUGAUAACGACCCCAAACACACCUCCAAGAUGACCACUGCCUUGCUAAAGAAGCUGAGGGUAAAGGUGAUGGACUGGCCAAGCAUGUCUCCAGACCUAAACCCUAUUGAGUAUCUGUGGGGCAUCCUCAAACGGAAGGUGGAGGAGAGCAAGGUCUCUAACAUCCACCAGCUCCGUGAUGUCGUCAUGGAGGAGUGGAAGAGGACUCCAGUGGCAACCUGUGAAGCUCUGGUGAACUCCAUGCCCAAGAGGGUUAAGGCAGUGCUGGAAAAUGAUGGUGGCCACACAAAAUAUUGACACUUUGGGCCCAAUUUGGACAUUUUCACUUAGGGGUGUACUCACUUUUGUUGCCAGCGGUUUAGACAUUAAUGGCUAUGUGUUGAGUUAUUUUGAGGGGACAGCAAAUUUACACUGUUAUACAAGCUGUACAUUCACUACUCUACAUUGUAGCAAAGUGUCAUUUCUUCAGUGUUGUCACAUGUAAAGAUAUACUCAAAUAUUUGCAAAAAUGUGAGGGGUGUACUCACUUAUGUGAGAUACUGUAUGUAAUUUAACAGAUACUUUUAUCCAAUGCGACUUAGUCAUGUGUGCAUCCAUUUUAUGUAUGGGUGAUCCUGGGAAUUGAACCACUACCCUGGUGUUACAAGCGCCAUGCUCUACCAACUGAGCUACAAAGACCACUUAUGACAGCUACAGCGUAUGUAGGCAAUAUGACAACAAUUUCCAGUAAAUUGUACCCAGUCCAAAUACUCCCUAGUAAUUCUACUGAGUGACGUCUUAUUACAAUUAUAUGUCAAUGUCCAGAUACACAGCCAUGCUGGUUAUUUAUGUACUGUAUGAUUGUCUGUGAUCCUAUGCAGGUCACUAAGGACUACAGUCUGGAAAGGGUUUCUGGUACAUUGACAUAUAAUGACAUUACAAGUGCUUCACCAGAAGGCAGGAGUGACAUGUGGACGGAAAGAGAGAGAGACUGGGAGGAGGCAGAGACUAUUGACACAGGUCAGGAAAGACCUGAGAUAUACGGGGUACUUUAUUGGUUGGGGGGGGGGGGGGGGGGGUCAGAUGGGGUUGGGGGGCAUGGGCGAUGGGUAGGAGUAGAUAUGUAUUGCUUCACUGGUCAUCUCACUCUGUGGUCUCUUCUGUUGUUUGGCAUCUUUGUGGUAUGAUUUAAACAUCAUGGAUGAAUGGGAAAUGUUUGGCAGCAACGAGAGGAAGGAGAAGGAGAAGCAGCCAAGAGGCCAUAUGUUUGGCUUUGUUUUCCGGUGCACUAGAUUUUUCUGCGCAAUCCUAUUACCCAUAACAUUUAUUUUGCCACUUCUGGCUGCUCCUCAACUUCAAAUUGCAACUUUUGGAGUAGUGAAUUACAAAAAUACAGAGACUUUCAAGAAAUGAUUUUAGGCCUUUGUCACCUACAUUGUGUCUAUCUUGUCCCAUAAAGUGUGAUGCAUUGACAUUGUGUACCCAUCUGAACCAGUCAGUCUAUAAGGACUUGAUGCUUUUCAUGCAGUAGUGUGCUACAGGUAUAACAUCUGUGGUCCAUAGAUACAUUUAUUUCAAGAAAGGCAUUCUACUGAAGGAAGAGACAUUCUGGUAAUAGUUCAUUUGAAAUGUGGAGACAUGCUUAAAAAUCACACAUUUCAGAUUAAAUCAUUUUGUGUUUUGUUGUAAGGUAAUGUCUCGGCAACAUUUUGCUUGAAUUUUGCAUCUUGUUAUUGUAGCAUAGUGUUGACGUGGUUUUACUUUAGUGUUCCUUGAAUAAUAGUGAUUUGAAGUAAAUCAACAUUCAAGUUCCAUAUUAUUCAAAUUGGAAAUGUAAUGUAAACAAUGUGGAGAAUUAACCAUGUUGUUAAAUCAAACAAUUGCUGAUCACAGCUUCUUUCUCCUUCAAUUAUUUAUUUUCACUUUUCUUGCACUUCUCCUCCCUAAUAACCUAUGUUUCUGUGUAUCUUUCUCUUUCUCUCUCCUCCUCUCUCUCACUCUCUCUCUCCAGGACAAAGAGGUGAAUCUAGAGCAGGUCCACCAGCGUUUGAACAGCCACCUGGACGAGGACAUGGCGCACAAACAGCUGCCGGGCCAAUCUAUCGAGAUCUCUGCCCUGGACAUCGGCAGCAUGCAGCCCAGCCAGUCCCUGGAAGGCCUGCCUUCACGGGAGCACUACCCGGGCCAUCACAGGGAGUCGGUCUCUGUGACCACAUUCCUCCAGGAGGGACAUGGGGCAGGAAGGACACUUGGCAGGGGCACUGGCAGAUCCCUACCCCUCAGCAGCGCCACCAUGCCCUCUAUCCGCUGCAAACACAGGGCGCCCAACGGGGGGCUCUGCCAACAGAGCCCUGUCAAGACGCCCAUGCCAAUGUCAUACCAAUCAGUGCCCGGAAGACCCAUUCCAGAAGCCAUUGAUGUAAGCCAUGGGACUUCCAUC